AUCAUUCAACAUACGACAGGUCGCGACCGUGGCAAUGACUCAACCACUGCUCCCGACUCUCGCCGUCCUAGCCCUCGGGUUCUGUCUGACCUCAUGGUGGUUCAGUCAAGCGUUCAGGACCGUCCCUUUGGAUGCUGCGUUCGAUUACAUAAUUGUUGGUGGCGGCACGGCGGGCUGUGUUCUCGCCUCACGACUAUCUGCGGACCCGAAUGUGACCGUCCUUCUGAUCGAGGCGGGUGGCGCCCCCUCCGGUUGGACCGGGCUUCUCUCCAAGAUACCCCUCAUGACGCCGCUCCUGCAGAAGACCACAGUCGACUGGGCCUACAUGUCAACGCCACAAAAGAAUGCGUUCAUGGCUCUGAAGAACAAUCAAUUUGGUUUGGCCGCUGGGAAAGGUAUGGGAGGUACCAGCAUGAUCAAUGCGAUGGUCUACAUGCGAGGGAACCAGGCAGACUACGACCAGUGGGCUAAAGAUGGCUGCCAUGGAUGGAACUACUCUACUAUCCUCCCCUACUUCAUCAAGGCCGAGAGAAAUCAUAAUAGCAUCCUUAGGGAAACGGGUUAUCACGGGGCAUCCGGCCUCCUCCAUGUCGGAGAUGUCGAGGGUCUCCCGGAACUGACUACAGCCUUCCUGUCUGCCGGGGCGGAGUCGGGCUACGGCACUUACGACCUGAACGGAAAGGAGCAGAUGGGUUUCAUGAAACCACAAGCUACCAUCAACCAGGGAGUCCGAUGCACAUCUUACGAUGCCUACAUCAGACCUGUCUUACACAGGACAAACUUACACAUUCUGCCAAAUUCUGUGGUAACGAAGGUAAUUGUGACUACCUCCAAGAAAGCAGAAGGCGUCUUAGCCAUUGGUGCAGACGGCAAGUCCUUUAGGAUCAACACAACAAAACAAGGAGAAGUGAUAAUCAGCGGCGGAACUAUCGCAAGUCCUAAGAUACUGAUGAACUCUGGGAUAGGUCCCAGGCGCCAUCUUGAAGAAAUGAAGAUCCCCGUCCUAGCCGACUUACCUGUUGGCCACAACCUAAAAGACCACCCAUUCGUUGGUGUCUACUUUACCAUAGAGAAACCUCUAUCGAUUACCCAGUCAAAACUGCUGUCUCCAAAGGAGAUGAUGAAGUAUCUAUUCUUGGGUGAAGGUUAUUACGCGACGAACGGAAUGAAUGGAGUUGCUUUUCUACGAACAUCCCUAGCCAACACAACGAAGCCAGACAUUGAACUCCAGUCCAUUGGUGUUGGUUCUGUUAUCAAUGACGUCAUGAAAGAUGUGUCCAAUUACAGGCCAGAUACUUGGGAGUCGUUCAAACCACCCAAUUACAGCACGACGCAAGAAGGCUUUUUGAUAGCUGUCUCCUUAUUGGCGGCGAAGUCUACGGGACGUGUAGAACUGAAUUCAACGGACCCGUCUGGUGCACCUGUCAUUGACUUGAAUUAUUUCAGUAAAACAGAAGAUGUCAACAGAUUAGCUGAAGGCAUAAAAAUGACAGUUGAUAUCGUCCACAGAAGUGCAGCAUUCCAAGAGAUUGGUGCUAAAGCCCACUUCCCUGCCUAUGCUGAAUGUUCCGGGUUCGAGGCCGGGACAAUGGGUUACUUUCGGUGUUUGGUCAAGCAGACUGCUGUCAGCAUCUAUCACUUUGUUGGAACAUGUAAGAUGGGUGCCUUGAGUGACCCCACGAGUGUCUUAGAUCCAACACUUAGGGUUAAAGGCUUUACUGGCUUGAGAGUGGUGGAUGCGUCCAUCAUGCCAUCCGUCCCGUCUGGGAACACCAUGGCCCCAGUCGUAAUGGUGGCAGAAAGAGCUGGAGACAUCAUCAAGGCCAGAAAGAAAUGCGGAGAAAACCAGAAAAAUAUGAUUCCUACCUCAUGUUAUUAAACCGAAGUCCGUCAUUCGUUGUGAUAUAACAAGAAGUCGUGAUAACGCCGAAAGCGCUCAUUAGUUUGCGUUUGAAUACACAAUGCCUCUAUAAGAUUGUGGUUUAU